CCCCAGGACUGUCCAGGCCGGGCGAUCCUUCCCCGGUGGCUGAGGCGCUGCCCCGCCCGCGGAGGCGGAGGCGGAGGCGGCAGUGCCGCGCGCCCUGGGUGAGGACACACGCUCACCCCCUGCGAUGAGGGGACCCAGGGAUUCCGCGCAGCUUUCACACCUGGUCUCCGAGCCCGCGGGUCCGGGAUGCAGGCUGCGGGGAAGCGACGUCCUCGUCUGCGUGCUGAGCCCGGGAGUCCGGCUCCUCUGCCCCGAGCGGAGCAGCUGCCCGGGUGUGACAUGACGUGACGCGGGCCCGGCCUCUCGGGUCCCCCCCUGGGCAUGUCUCAGGCCGCAGAAGGCAGCUCAGAGCUCAGGCGCUGGGGCCCGGGCUGCCCACGCCCUCUCCUCGGAGGGCCUCUGCCCAUGAGGGUGCGGCCCUGCCUGGGCAACUGAACAGGUGGCCAAGUCUGGUGACAAGGCCCUUGGGCUAUUGCUAUGGUGAUGGGGAUGGAGGCCUUUUGCCUUCAGCCCCAGUUUUCUGCAUGGCAGCUCUAAUGACCGCAGACAGCCCUGCGGAGGCCCUGCUCCUGGUUGCCAUGGCAGCACAGGCCUUUUCCGGAGCAGGAGGCCCCCCUUCCCCCAGGAGAAUUCCCCACCGCACACCUGGUCACCGCAUACACCUGGUCACCGCAUACACCUGGCCACUGCACACACCUGGUCACUGCACACCUGGCCGCAGCAGGAAGUGUUGGGUGGCAGCUGAGCUCCGGGAAGCAGGUUAGGGUGUGAGAGAAACAGUCACCUUCAGCCUAAUUACUCAAAUGCUGUCCCCAGCACGGAGGGGACAAAAGCUUUUCUGCUGAGUCGGCCUGGAGGCUGACAGCUCGGUGCAGCCUGAGAGAGCCGAGCAGCCAAACCCGGCGAUGGCCCUGCCGCAGCCACACCAGGCCUGACCAGGCCUCUGUGGGGAAGGGUCCCAGGUGUGGCCCUGAACACCAGGCUCGUGGGCUUUCUGGGAACAAUGAAAAGGAGGAAACUGUGACUGGAGCUCCAGCCGGAACCCAGCCGAAGAGGGACCAUAGCUGCCCAGGAGCCCAGGGCCAGCCAGCCCCUGGUGGGAGACGCUUCGGACAGUCCGUUUCCGGAAACCUGUUGGGAGUGGCGGAGGGGUCCCAGCCCCCAGGAGCGGGCUGUGGCGCCGAUGCCGGAUGACGGUGCUGGGAUGGAGACCGCCAAGAAGGAAAAGGCCGAGCAGAUCCUGGCGGAGUUCCGGCUGCAGGAGGAGGACUUGAAGAAGGUGAUGAGGCGGAUGCAGAAGGAGAUGGACCGCGGCCUGAGGCUGGAGACUCACCAGGAGGCCAGCGUGAAGAUGCUGCCCACCUACGUGCGCUCCACCCCCGAAGGCUCAGAAGUCGGGGACUUCCUCUCGCUGGACCUGGGUGGCACCAACUUCCGGGUGAUGCUGGUGAAGGUGGGGGAGGGGGAGGCCGGCCACUGGAGCGUGAAGACCAAGCACCAGAUGUACUGCAUCCCCGAGGACGCCAUGACGGGCACCGCAGAGAUGCUCUUCGACUACAUUUCCGAGUGCAUCUCCGACUUCCUGGACAAGCACCAGAUGAAGCACAAGAAGCUGCCCCUGGGCUUCACAUUCUCCUUCCCCGUGAGGCAUGAAGACAUCGACAAGGGCAUCCUGCUCAACUGGACCAAGGGCUUCAAGGCCUCGGGGGCGGAAGGGAACAACGUCGUGGGACUGCUGCGAGACGCCAUCAAGCGGAGAGGGGACUUUGAGAUGGACGUGGUGGCGAUGGUGAACGACACGGUGGCCACCAUGAUCUCCUGCUACUACGAAGACCGCCAGUGUGAGGUUGGCAUGAUUGUGGGCACCGGCUGCAACGCCUGCUACAUGGAGGAGAUGCACAACGUGGAGCUGGUGGAGGGCGAGGAGGGCCGCAUGUGCGUCAACACGGAGUGGGGCGCCUUCGGGGACGCGGGCGAGCUGGACGAGUUCCUGCUGGAGUACGACCGCGCCGUGGACGAGAGCUCGCUGAACCCGGGCCAGCAGCUGUACGAGAAGCUCAUCGGCGGCAAGUACAUGGGCGAGCUGGUGCGGCUGGUGCUGCUGCGGCUGGUGGACGAGGACCUGCUCUUCCGCGGGGAGGCCUCGGAGCAGCUGCGCACGCGCGGCGCCUUCGAGACGCGCUUCGUGUCGCAGCGACUCGGGCGACCGCAAGCAGAUCUACAACAUCCUGCGCACACUGGGGCUGCGGCCCUCCGCCGCCGACUGCGACCUGGUGCGCCGCGCGUGCGAGAGCGUGUCCACGCGCGCCGCGCACAUGUGCUCCGCGGGGCUGGCCGCCGUCAUCAACCGCAUGCGCGAGAGCCGCAGCGAGGACGUGAUGCGCAUCACCGUGGGCGUGGACGGCUCCGUGUACAAGCUGCACCCGAGGCCAGCAGGAAGGCGGGGACCCGGGGCAAGGCCGCGGCCACCAAGCAGGCCCAGCGAGGCUCUUCCAACGUCUUCUCCAUGUUCGAGCAGGCCCAGAUCCAGGAGUUCAAGGAGGCCUUCAGCUGCAUCGACCAGAACCGUGACGGCAUCAUCUGCAAGUCGGACCUCCGGGAGACCUAUUCCCAGCUGGGGAAGGUGAGCGUCCCCGAGGAGGAGCUGGACGCCAUGCUGCAGGAGGGGAAGGGCCCCAUCAACUUCACCGUCUUCCUCUCGCUCUUCGGGGAGAAGCUCAAUGGAACCGACCCCGAGGAAGCCAUCCUGAGCGCCUUCCGAAUGUUCGACCCCAGCGGCAAGGGCGUGGUGAACAAGGACGAGUUCAAGCAGCUGCUCCUGACCCAGGCAGACAAGUUCUCUCAGGCCGAGGUGGAGCAGAUGUUCGCCCUGACGCCCCUGGACGUGGCAGGGGACAUUGACUACAAGUCUCUGUGCUACAUCAUCACCCACGGGGACGAGAAGGAGGAGUGACGAGGCUGCUCAAGACUCAGAGCCACGCUCCAGCACCCAAUAAACGCCAUUUCCAAGGA